AUGAUGAUGGGAGAGAACGAGAAAGGAGAGCGAUGGAGCGGAGCGAUGACGAAUCUGACGGAGAUGUCAUCGAAUCUCGAAUCUCUUCAGAAGCUUCUCCUCACCAAAGCCGUCUUCGUCGACGACGAGACCUUCUCCAAAGCCUCCCUCACCGCCGACCAAGCCCGCUCCAUCAAGCUUCUCCAGCAACGAGUCGAGACCUUGGAGAGAGAGGUCGACGCCGCCAUCACCGCUGCAGCUCGCGCUCGCUCUGAGAAACGACAGGCCGAGGCCGCUCAGAAAGCCGCCGAAUCGCGCGCUCAACAGCUCACCGCCGAACUUGAAAACACCACAAAGGUGUUUCAGUUGCACAUGGAAGAGCUGCGCGCGAAGCAAGAAGAAAUCGAGAAGCGCGACGAGGACAUCAAGCUUCUCGAAGCGAUAAUUCGAACACUUGGAGGAAAGGAAUCGCUCUCUACGUCUCAGUAA